CUUGCGAUCGAUUAUGAAGCGACGCAUAGUGUCCUAAAGGGUCACGUUAUCUUAUUUUGCCGAGGUCAAAGAUAUACCAGAUGCAGAACUAGUUCGAGAUAUCUUGCUGUUGAUGGUUAGCCCGUGGACUGCAAAAUCUUUUGUUGACUUUUCUCACCCAAUCCCACCCCCAAUCCAGCAUUAAGACAUCAUAAACAUCAUCAACUAUAAACCGUUGAGUUUUAGUUUCUAUAGGUUUAUCAUCCCCAUACUGUCCCAACAGAAACGCGCUUGCACGGCGACGCGACCCCAGAAACCGCAACGCAUGUGAAUAUCACAUACCCUUGUAACUGACCGCGUAAAGCCCGAGGUACCCGAACUGGGCUGACACAAAAAUAUCCAUACCACCACCGCACAAUAUAAUCCCCAUAUCGCCCCCCAGUCAGCACCGCCUACGGAUGCCAAUCUGCGGCACAACCCUCCUGUGUUCCCUCCGCCAUCUCCCCCUCUGGAUCUAUGUCUUCAUCACCGCCAUCGCCGGCGCGCUCACCACCCUCGUCCUCCGACGCGUCGCCCCAACCACAGCGCAGGAUGUCGGCCUCCCGCCUCCCGCUGAGAAGCAUCACCGCCGUCCUGGCAGCCGCUCUCUCCGUCGGCGCAUGGAAGAGUAGACCCUUCGUCACAAGGUUUCUCACCGGGCCAGGGAACUACUCCCGCAUCCUCGCCCUAGCCGUCGUGCUCGCAAACUACAAAAACUUCCCCUUCGUGUGGCAUAUACGCGUCUGGCACGGCAUCCUAAGCCACAUGCAAGCCCCCCCUUUCGACGCCUCCACCUCCGGUCUCUCCUCCCCGCACCACCUCCCCGCCCUCUUCCAACCCUGCAUCACCCCCGCCCAAUCCCCCGCCUCAGAAUGCGACUACAACCUCCACAAAUCAAACAGCACCUACUUUUCCGACCUCGACGUCACCCGCUCCCACCUCAUCGCCGCACUCAUGCACGUCGCCAUCCGCGAAUUCCACCGCAAACCCUCCCUCAUCAUCGGCCCCGACGGCAAGCCCGCCAAGGGCGCAUGGGGAAUCAUGCUAGGUGGCGCACACUGCAGUUUUAAGCGCGAGAUUCGCCCGUAUGAGAAGUACGAGAUGUGGUCGCGUAUGCUCGCCUGGGACAGGAAGUGGCUCUACGUUGCUACGCAUUUUGUGAAGGCGGGCACGGCGCGCCCGGCGGGGUGGACGCUAGAUGAUCCCGCGGACUGGAAUUUUGUCCCCCGCUUCCUACGCACGAAGCGCCGGGCGAGGAAAGCGAGGGUUGCUGCGCCGCCGCCGGAUGUGCCGGAGGGCGCCAUCUUCGCGAGCGCGAUUAGCAAGUACGUCAUGAAAGUUGGCCGGUUGACGGUGCAUCCUGAGGCUGUGCUGGAUAUGUGUGACUUGUUGCCGCCGAAGCCGGGGGGGUGGAACACGAUGGAUGGAAAAAAGGAGGAGGUUGUGGAGGAGAGGGAGGGGUUGGAGGAGAUGGGGGGGGAGGAGAGCGUGUUGUCGCUUUUGGGGAUACCGAAUUGGAAGGAGGAGGUGUUGGGGAAUGGGAGUGCGAAUGGUCAUACUAAUGGUGCUGCUAAUGGCGCUGCGAAGGAGGCGGCGGCGGUGACGGGGUGGGAUUGGAAGAUGGUGGAGGCGGAGAAUGCGAGGGGGAUGGAGUAUGCGAAGCACCAUGCUGCGCUUGAUAGCCUGUCGGAGACGUUUACGGGAAACAAACAGCCCGCGCUGGGAUACUAUACUGAUCUCUUUUAG